AUGGCGGAUCCAAGGAGUUUCUAUAGGGACAUCUCCCUGGUAACCCAGGCGAAACCUUGGAUCACGGACAUCACUUCUGCGGAUGGGUCCCUUACGGACGGAAGCACGGGUGCUGCUAACAUUUUGCCUGAGUACCACUCCACGAUGUUUAGCUCAGAACAUGCCAGUCGGACAGAUGGAAGCGAUCAUCCUGCUAAAGACCCCAUGUCCAGUAGAAUCAUUGAACCUGUAUCAUUCUCCCCGGCGCAGGUUGGACUAAAACUGUUAAGUCUCGCAGCUAAAACGUCGUCGGGCCUUGACGAAAUACUACCCGUCAUACUAGAGCAGUAUGCAGAACAGUUAGCACCACCCUACGCAGACUGUUCAACCACUCCAAGGGAAUAUGCUUGA